AUGAGCUUUAUCACGGCGGCAGCUGGGCCAAGUCGGGUUACGCGAGCUCACACUUUGGUGACAUUUCGUAGAGCUUCUCAUAAUCAGUCGGGACCCAAAUUGGCGUUUGCGUUCGACAUUGAUGGAGUCUUGAAGCAAGGUAGCCAUGUCUUGCCGCAGGCCAAACGAGCUCUACAGCGACUCUCAGGCGUGGGACCGGAGAUCUCAGAAUCCGGCAUCGUUCCGUUCCUGUUGAUGACCAAUGGUGGAGGCGUCACUGAGGCUCAAAGAUUAGCUUCAUUGUCUAAAGACUUUGAGAUCGACCUCGCAGAGAAUCAGUUGGUCCAAUCUCACACUUCGCUACGGGACUAUGUUGGAAAGUACAGGGACGAACCUGUACUGGUAAUCGGCGGAGUGGGAGAUGCCGGACGUAGGAUUGCAGAAUCAUACGGCCUACGGCAAGCUUAUAUCUUGCAAGACCUCGUGGCGUGGAGACAGUCCGUGUGGGAUCGAUACGUGCUGACGGAUGAGGAGAAGAGUUUUGUCAAGCGCGAUAUCGAUUUCUCCAACGUGCCUCUUCAAGCGAUUUUCGUCAUUCAUGACAAUGGCCUCGACUGGGCUCUCGCCAUACAGGUCAUCACUGAGCUCCUGACGAGUGAUCAUGGGAGAAUGGGCACUGAAAGAUAUCGAGAUAAGGGAGUCUCUGACGGGAAGGAGAUUCAUCUGGUCCUCACAAACCCAGAUAUCAUCUGGAGCAAUGAAUACACUUUACCUCGCUUCGGUAUGGGUGCCUUCAGGCUGGCACUCGAGGCGGUAUAUAAGGAUAAGACCGGCUGCCCUCUCCCAUACGAGCAAUUCGGAAAACCUCAUACCGCCACAUAUGAAUUCGCAGAAAAGAUGCUCAGAAGGCAUCUGGAGUCGCGCGGGGAGGACCCAGAUCAGCCUCUCUCAGUCUACAUGGUUGGUGAUAACCCAGAAUCAGAUAUAGCAGGAGCCAACGCCCAUGGAUGGUCAUCGAUGCUUGUGCGAACGGGAGUUUUCCGAGGCGGUCAACCCAAAUAUCAGCCCACUCAGAUCGUAGAUGAUGUAGAGCAAGCUAUAGACUGGGCGAUUGAGCGAGAAUCCAGCAGAUGA